ACAGAGCCUCUGGAGUGUGAAGAUUUGUGAUGCAGUGUUACAUUUGUUUACUCAGAAGUAAAUAUCACUGAAUUCAAUCAGCUUACUCCCAGAAUUAAGUGCAGACUGUUAUAGAUGACUGUCUUUCUCUCUGAAAUACAUCUCUGGUCUUUGAAGAGCAUCUUAUAUGUUGAAGAUCAAGAUAUUGGCAUCUACCAGUACCAUGAUAAGAAGGAACCAGAGCCAAAAAUGAAAGUUGGUUAUUUAUAUGAGAAGCAACAAUUAGCAGAAUCUCGAAAUUAUCCUUGGGUACUUAAGAACAAACGUCCAGAAAAGCUUCGAGACACACUUAAGGAGCUAGAGGAACUGAUGCAAAACAGUCAGUGUGUGCUGAGUAAAUGGAAGAGCAAAGAUGUCUGUCAGCUCCUCUUUCCUUCAGGUAUACUGGUAUCCCUAAGCCUUUCUGGACCACAGCUGGAGCAAGUGGUGAUUGACAGAACCCUGAUGGGAAAGCUCAUCUCUAACACUAUCAGCGAUGCUGUGCUUACUGACAGUUUCAUGAUCUUUUCAUUUUGGGAACAAAGCAAACUCUGCUUCAUUCAAAUCACAAAAAAAGCAAAUUCUCCAGAUGUAAACAAAAGACUUGAAAAACUCUCAAACUUCGAUUUUAAGAUAUCUUAUGUUGAUAUACCAGGACUAGGAAAUAGAAGAAUGAAGCGUCAUCUGACAAUAAAUAACGUACAGAAUAUGGUUAUUUGCUGGUGGUCUAUUGCAAAGGAUGAAGUUUUGCCUUGGUCUCCAGUGUCUAGCAAAAAAGAGAGAGCCAACUUGCUACUCUUGAAAUGUGAACAUGGCAACUUAGAGAUUCUGAGUUAUAUGCAUACCGAUGGGGAUCCACUUGAUGUCAAGUUUAGUAUGUGUAAUCCACACCAGAUUCAUACUGUAGAACAGUCUUUCAGUGCAGAUCAAAAGCCCAUGGUUGACAGCUGCAUCUAUGAAUAUGUUAGGAAUAAAGUUCAUUGUGUGGCAAUCACCAAAAUGCCAUUAACAUCAAAGGCCAUCAGCUGUUGCAGGAAUAUUACAGAAGACAAACUUGUUCUGGGUUGUGAAGAUUCUUCAGUAGUUCUGUAUGAAGCCUACCGUCAAGUAACUCUAGUAACAGAAGCAAAGAUGCUGCCUGCAUUAAUGUGUUGCCACCCCAGUGGUGCCAUAAUUCUUAUUGGUAGUUCACAAGGGGAACUACAGUUAUUUGACAUGGCACUGUCUCCAAUUAAAAUGCAGCUUUUAGCUGAAGACUUCUCACCCAAAUCAACUCUACAAUUCGGUGAAAAAUUUGAGGUAUCCAGCAGUCUCACUCAGAUCCAAUGGGCUGUCCCACAAGAUUCUUCUCAGGACAUAGAUGUUUUGGAUAUACAUGAUCUUCUGUUACUUAGAUUUGACAAAGGACCUAUUGGAGUGAUUCAUUUCAAAAUUGGUGUCACCCCAAGAGGACAACUUGGCCUUGAAGAAAUCAUCCAGGAGUAUAUUCAUCAGGACGAGAUAUAUGAGGCAAUUAAUAUCUUAAAUGGCAUGAACUGGAACACAAUGGGUCAUCACUGUUAUGUAAGCCUAAGUGCUAUAAUAAACUACCUUCUCAGACAAAAGCUGACACACACGAGAGAAGCUCAGCUGGAGGAAACUCUUGGGACUUUUUAUGCACCAACCCGGCCUUUGUCUGAGACAACUGUGUUGGAAUACAGGGACCAGAUCAGCAGAUAUGCACGAAGGUUCUUCCACCAUCUGCUCAGGUGAAUAACUGUCUUGACUUUUAUUAAUUUCAAAGAAUUUAUACUAUUUCUAUAAGAAAUUAUUAAAGCAUUUAGCACAUUUUCCAGAAGACUCACACACAAAAAAACCUCAGUAACAUUUUUGUUUGUUUUAACUAGUCCUUCUUUUUCAAAACAUGUUCAGAUGCUGUUUAUAGCUUGUCUGUUUCAACGCAUUGAGAAUUUGUGUCUUAUUUGUUUGUUUUACUUGGUUUAUUUGUCACUCCAAUUGUCAACCAACUCUAAGUGACUUACAAUCCUACUGUACAUAAAGAAGAUUAAAACAGCCAAAAACUGUAAAA